GUCAUAUCUCGCAUCGCCGAUGUGUGCGGAAGUGCUGCUUCCGCUUCCCAGACGCUAACAGCUGGAUACUUUCGUGCCGUGGGUCAUACUAAGGUAAUAAAGUACCAAGGGUUUACAGUCAAGCUCUUCCAAAGGAUGGACGGCAAUGUGGCGCUGCAUUUCGCCAACUUUAGCACCCUGUUCGUGUGCAUGGUGCUGAAAUUCCCGCAGAUAUUCGUGCUGAUGCGGGCCAAAGCCUCCACUGGGGUCAGUUUGAACAGUCUGCUGCUGGAGCUGAUCGGGUUUAUUGUGUUCAUGUCCUACCAGAUGUACUAUGACUAUCCACCUGUCACAUACCUGGAGUAUCCAAUCCUUGUAGCACAAGAUGUUGUUGUGCUGCUUUUGAUUCUACAUUACAACAGGAACCUGAAGCACAGCCUUAUAUAUGCCGCAGUGUUCAUCGGUGGAUGGCAGAUGCUUACAGUUCAGAAGUGGGUGAUUGAUCUGGCUAUGAGUCUCUGCACAUUUAUAAGUGCAGGCAGUAAACUGGCACAACUCCAGUGUUUAUGGAGGUCUAAGGACUCCCGGCAGGUCAGCUCUCUCACAUGGGGCCUGGCCACGUAUACAUGCCUGGCGCGGAUCUUUACUACCACGAUCACCACAGGAGACACACAAGUCCUCAUUCGGUUUGUUGUUAUGAGCAUGUUGAACUUGUGGGUAACGGUGACCGUGAUCUAUUACAAACCCCGCGCUGUGAAACGGGAUUAAGACAUGUCAAUACUGUUACAUGCUCACUUACUGUUAUGCUGUGUGCCCCCAUUCUGUGUAUGGAUAGAGGUUUUAAGCACACGUACCUCAGACUGAAUUGGAUUUGGCUCAAAUGCUAUUUGUAUAUAGCAUUUUCUGUAUUGAUGUGAUUUUUGGUAAAUGUGGGCUAUAGAAUUACAAACCUUUUUACCAUGACGCUCUUCUACUCAGGGUAUUUCUAGUCAUAUUGAUUAAAGUAUGGUUCAGUGCAAGUAAAUUAAUCAGGCCACACCCUCGCAAUAAACUUUACUAAUUAAAAAACGGCCUAUUAAACACCUUUCUUAUCAGACAUUCCUAUGCAUAAGGGGGACGGUUACAGCAAUAUUUUUUUUUUGUUCAGUUUGUAGCCUCAAAACUUGGAUGCAAACACCGUUUUAUAUUAACAUUCCUAUCCUAAAUCUAGUCUUGUUCACACUUCCUAAACAUUCCAGUGAUGUUUCUCUACAAUAUUUAUUGUUGUUUAAAAGUUUUUGUCUACUGAGUAUUUGUGAACAAUUUGUAUUCUCUUGCUGUGUAUGUGUGCAGUUAUACCGUAUCAAUUUAAGAGCACUGUAGAAAUUGUAAAUUGCAUUUAUCAAUUGGUAAACACUUUAUAGUCUUUCAAAUGGUAAGUUCAUAAUAAUAACUUUUAUGAUUGAUAUGAAGUAGAUUAUAAACGAUUUCACAUGGGGAUAUGUUUACUGUUAUUUUUUAUUGUCACUUUUGUAUUGAGCAAUAUCUGCGUUUUAAAUUAAGAGCUGAUAUACUUAAUAAAGUGUCUCUGAACUGGA